GGGGACACUUGCGCGCUAUCGCUAACGGAAGGAUGCAACGAUGCAAGGAAAUUACAAAAUGGCAAAGGAAAAGUUGAAUAGAGCGGACGGAGCCAGCAGGCAGCACUCCUAUGAACGUGGACAAUUACCCGGGAAGCUCAUUUGCAUAAAGCUUUGUUACUUUAUUGACCGCUCAAGGUGAGGAGCCAGCAUAUAUUGUAGGUUGGUGGAAGACAUGUUUCCUGUCCUUUUCCUUUGGCAUAAUGUCCAUGUUCACCGGUAUAUGUGAGGAGUUGCAGUGAGUUACUGCCUGCGCGACUGUAAACGCGUGAUGAAUAGGGGCAUGAACGAUGUACGUUGCCAGACUCAAGAGAGUUCUACUCCCUGUUCUUGUUGUUCUUGCCAUCGUGGUGUUAACACGAGUAUUCAGGACGGAUGGACCAGCUUCUGUUCUUAAACAGAUUGACACGGAUUGGAAGCGGUUUACACACCUUAGCCACAAAGACUCCAUGAAUGGCACAACAUCGAGAAGGUUCACUCAGGCACUGAAUUACACGGAGCGUCUGAGGGCUGCCUACGCGCCAACUACGGGGCAUGUCAAUCCCCACAAUUUCAGGCUUGUUCUUGACGAGCCCUGGGCUUGCCUGGACCCUCAGACUGAGUCCGCCAAGCGUGUCUUCCUUCUGGUGCUCGUGGCGAGCGCUCAGGAUAACUUCAAGCGGAGGCAAGCCAUCAGAGAAACCUGGGGCAGCCCUCGGGAGCUGGAGGGGCUGCCCGUUGUGACAUUGUUUCUGCUCGCGGCCAAGGGAAAUGUCUACCACCACAAGGUUGUUAAGGAGAGUGCGGAGCACCAUGAUCUCCUGAUGGAAGACUUCGUGGACAGCUACAAGAACCUGACCCUGAAGACCAUGAUGGCCAUGAAGUGGGCCAGUACCCACUGUCCGCAGGCCUCAUUUGUCAUGAAGACAGACGAUGAUAUGUUCGUCAGCUAUCGCAAUCUCCUGGACUACGCAGCUGUCAUGGGACCGUUUACCGCCAAUCUAGCCCUUGGUUUUGUCAUAGCAGGUCAAUCUCCAAUCCGCAAACCUGACAGUAAGUGGUACAUGCCGAGAGACCUCUACCCGGGGGAUGCAUAUCCUCCCUGGCUGUCUGGAGGAGGUUUCGUUGUCUCUGGUGACGUACCGGGGAAGGUUUACGACGCGUCUCUGGACAUCAGGUACCUUCAUCUAGAAGACGUCUUCGUGGGCGUGUGUUUGGACAAGCUGAAUAUCAAACCCAUCAUGAACCGUCAGUUUAGCAACUCUCGUAUCAAGUACUCGUACUGUAGAUUCCGCUACGUGAUUACUGCCCACUCUUAUGAUACAGUGCAGCUGAAGUUUAUGUGGGAAGAUCUGCUUGUUGAAAAGCCGUGUUGGCUAUGGACAUAGAGUUAUGAGAAGUAGCACGAUAAUAUUAUCUCUUUGUUAACAGUACUCGUUGAAGAAUUUAGUUGCUCCCCUAUUGGUCGUGCUAUUUAGCGUCAAUAAAGCGUCAACAAGCGUCAACAUACACGAUUAUCGUCAACAAAACGUGAACAAUUUGAAAAUGCACAUUUAAGCUUCCCAAAAGCUAUCAUCGUAUUCAACUCUCGCAUCUCGUAUCAUGUGGGAAAUUUGGGGGAAUUCUUGUUUACAAUCCCACAUUACAACGGAGUUUUAUUGCGACAAAAUUACGGUGACCGGGCGCCGCCAUCUUUGUUUUCUCUUUUGCGCAUGAGCGAUUGUACCAUGUCCCAGAAAAACAAAAUGGCCGCCGGGGGAAAAAACACCGUUGAUGUCGUCCUUUUUGGCUUGCAAAUGGAACGCUUUACUUUAAAAUAAUACGUUUAAAAUGAUCCUAGGAGACAAUUGAAUAUUGUGAGCAUAUUUUUUAAGCUUAAAAUGACGCUUGUCGAUGCUUAAUAGCACGACCCUUUCCAUAAACACAUUUCAGUUCUUCCUUUGAAGGGAUAAAAGAGACUGGGGAAAAACCACCUAGACAUUGCUUCAGAUAAUGCAAGAUUGUGCAAUAUUAGUGAAAUUUACAUUUAACAAUCCGUUAACAUUAAUGUUAUCACGCGAAAAAUAUUCAAAUAAGCCCGGGUCGGGUUGAUGAGUGGACUCCAAGUUCACUUCCGCUUCUUCGAAUUCCUUAAAAUAAGAGGGGAGUACAUAAUGAACUGGGAUGACGUCUUAUUUUGCAAGGUGGCUUGUGAAAUUCAUUAAAUAUUGUCAACGUCCGUAAGCUAUGCAUGACCUUCAAUAGAAUCCUUAUCAUAACUCCAGAAAACCGUCCUUUUCUAUGUUUUGUUUUAAAUUACAUUUAUGCUGCUCGUGAGAAUUGAUACUUACUUUUCCACAACAGGUAGGCCUACUUAGCAUAAAAUUUUGCUCGUUUUUAUACACCUUUUUUUGAGAUACUCUGUGGAGCAGUUAUACAUAAUAUGAAAAUUAUUUAGGAAUCCCGGGGUAGAGGAUUCCGAACCAUCACUGAACAUUCUUUUUGGGAAAAAAGAUAUCAAGAAUGAAAGCGCAUCAUCAUUUCUACAUUGAUGUAUGUCGACAGACCAACAAUUACAAACAGCGCCCUCUGCCAUUGAUGUUAGCUGUUAAUAAAUGACAUGACAUGCCUUGCAUUGUGGAACUACAUUGUGGAAUUGAAUUGUUUAAUAUCUGCAUAAUAAUCAGCUCAGUAUUUAGAAAUACCGAACACUGAUGUUCAAAUAUGACGAAUAAACAUUACGAGCUUGACACUGUUUUGCGGAAAUUGGUGAAACCAAUAAGAUAUCAUAAUUGAGAAACAUCA